AUGGGGCACGGCGGCUACGGUAAUCGCAGAGCCGCCGCCGCCGAGCGGAAGAAACCGGCAGGACAACGGCGUCCUAAAGCCCUAACAGUUGACAAGAAGUCCAAGUCCACCAAACCCAAAGCCGUCUCUCUCAAAAAUCAUAUACGCUCCAUCGAGCGCAUGCUCCGCAAAGAUCUGCCACAUGAAGUCAAGGAGGCACAAGAGAAGAAGUUGGAGGGGCUCAAGAAACAACAAGAAAUCCAGAACCGUCUGGCUGUGGAGCGAAAAAUAUUUCUACGGAACAGGAAGAUCAAAUUUUUUGAAAGAAGAAAGAUUGAGCGAAGGAUAAGACGGUUGGAAAAGCAGCAGCGUGUUUCAACUGGUCAGGCCCAGGAGGCAGAGAUUGCUGAUCAGCUAACAAAAUUAAAGGAAGAUCUUGAAUAUGUUAGGUUCUUCCCCAAAAAUGAGAAGUAUGUUUCCUUGUUUAUGGGAGGCGAUGAUACAGAUAUUGUAGAAAAGAGAAACAGCUUGCGUAGGCAAAUUAAGGCAAAUCUAGUUGCAGCUGCAGCAAGUGGGAAGGAUUUGGAAGAAACAGGGAGUGAAGAUGAUGGGCUUUUGGAUCCAAGUGAUGAUGAUUUCUUCUUACAUGGAAGCUCCAGCGAUGAGGCUGAUGCUGAUGAUGAGUGGACUGACAAAAGCGCUAGGGAACAAGCCUCCAGUGCCUCGGGUAAGGCUGCUUCUGGGGUGUCUAGUGAUGAAAGGAAUCAGAGUCAGAGACAGAUUUUAGCUCGUGCUCUAAUGCCUCCUCCCGGUCCAUCCUGCAAACAGUUUUCUAGUUCAGUGAAAAAAAAAUCGAGAUUUGCUGGUUCUUCUAAUAACUCGUAUAAGAGAGGUGAUGUGUUUACAUCAAGCAACACAUCCAGUAGUUUUGAUCGAUCUUUGUCAAGAAAGAGAGGGUUGAUGGGCUCGACCACCGGAAACAGCGGUAAUCAAAGUUCCAAUUCGGAUGCCAGAAAACCUCGAAGAAAGAGGAGGCCCAAGAAGAAGAAGCAACAGGAGUAA